AUGCUCCCUACGCCCUCAACUUCUCACGUUUCCUAUGACACCGUUUACGAACCGGCCGAAGACUCGUAUUUAUUCCUCGACACGUUGUCUUCGGCCAAGGAGUCGGCAUGGCUGCAUCGGCGCUUUGAAUGCGAACCGUCCCCUCCCACGGAUAGGGCUGCUUCAGACGCAGGUACAGAGACAGGCGCAAAUGUCGAUGCCGAUGCCGAUGUGCAUCUCAAUGAAAUUGAAGACCGGAAUUUGAUUCCACUUCUUCUCGAGCUUGGCCCAGGCUCAGGUGUGAUCGUCGCAUUCCUAAGUGUGCAUGCACGUGAGAUCUUCGGCACAGACGUCCUCGGGCUCAGCGUCGACGUGAAUCUGCAUGCGUGCAUUGCGACUGCGACGACGGUGCAGAAGGCCUUGGUGGAAAAGCGGGAGAGAAACGCUGAGUCCGAGUCUGCGGUGGCACAGACACCGACGCGGUCCAAGUCGGAGGGAGAUGGCUUUCAAAAUCCAAGUCUAAAUCCAAAUCCUGCCCAGUGCGGUGGAAGUGGGAGUGGGAAUGGGAGUGGAAGUAUCUACCUGUCUUCCCUACUCGGAGACCUUGCGGCGCCACUGAGAGCAGGCGAAGUCGACGUACUUGUCUUCAAUCCGCCCUAUGUGCCGACAGAGUCUGUCCCGGCGCACGACGCAGACAUUGGUGUUGAUAUUGGCAACGCGAAGGAGAAGCCGACGUUCGCCGAAUCCUCGCAUCUCCUCGAACUCUCAUAUGCGGGCGGGCAAGAUGGCAUGCAAGUCACGAGCCGGCUUCUCAACGCGUUACCGACGCUGCUGAGCACGAAGGGCGUGGCAUAUGUGUUGUUUUGUCGUGGUAAUAGGCCGGAGGAAGUAAAGAGCUGGAUUAGAGGUUGGGACGGAGCGAACGAUGGAAGGUGGGUGUGGUGUGCGGAAACGGUCGGGACGAGUGGGAGGACGGCAGGUUGGGAGAAACUGGAAAUUGUGAGGAUAUGGAGGGAAUGGAAAGAAGAGCCAAAAAGCAAAAGCGAGAGUAGGAAGAUGUGA